UAAACCCACUGCCCAAACCCAAAGUCUGUCUGAACAACCAAACUCCUCCACCCAUGGAGACACUCCAACGAUUCUCCCUCCGUCUCCUCCCGAUAUCUCUGGCAGAGAAAUGCCUCAAUCCCUACACCCAUGGAGUCCCUCGAGCGGUCACGCUCGCUCCGUUAUCUCGUUUUGCCCGAAUGUCCAUUUCCAAACCCGAAUUUUUAAGCUCGAACCCCAAAUCCACGUUCCAUAACUCUUUCUCCUCCUCUUUAACUGCCAAGGCGGGUUGGUUUCUGGGUCUUGGAGAGAAGAAGAAAACAAGCUUUCCAGAUAUCGUUAAAGCUGGUGAUCCGGUUUUACAUGAGCCGGCCCGAGAAGUUGACCCGGAGGAAAUCGGGUCAGAAAGGAUUCAGAAGAUAAUUGAUGAUAUGAUUAAGGCUAUGAGAAUGGCUCCUGGCGUUGGGCUUGCUGCUCCCCAGAUUGGAGUCCCUUUAAGGAUCAUAGUUUUAGAAGAUACAAAAGAAUAUAUCAGGUAUGCACCUAAGGAAGAGACUAAAGCACAGGAUAGACGCCCUUUUGAUCUUCUGGUGAUCCUGAACCCAAAGCUUGAAAAAAAGAGUAACAGAACUGCAUUCUUUUUUGAAGGGUGUUUAAGUGUUGAUGGAUUCAGAGCAGUAGUGGAGCGAUAUCUUGAUGUUGAGGUUACAGGUUUGAGUCGUUAUGGCCAGCCAAUCAAAGUGAAUGCUUCUGGCUGGCAGGCUCGCAUUUUACAGCAUGAGUGCGACCAUUUGGAUGGAACUCUUUAUGUUGAUAAGAUGGUCCCAAGAACAUUUAGAACUAUAGAAAACUUGGAUUUGCCUCUUGCUGAGGGAUGCCCCAAUCUUGGCGCCCGAUAAUUUCUGCUAAAUCUGCAAAGAAUGGUCUGAAGAAUGCCAAGAACCAGGGUUUAAAAACCAUUUCCUUGGGCUUAGCAGACUCCAGCAAUGCUUCUUUAUGAGGUUGCCUUUUCUUUUUCUUUUUUUUUUUUUUUUUUUGAGGGU